CCAACUUUCAUUAUACCUUAAUUGCAUACUUAUUUCUUAAUUCCCACAAUCAACUUUUGAACUAUUUGAUCCUAAACAUGGCCUCCAACCAAUUCUCAUUUCUUCUCUUUCUCUGUUUCUGUCUUCUUUCUUUUUCUUCAUCCAUACCCCGUCCAUGCCGCAAAGAUCAAAGCAUUUCCCUUCUAAAAUUCAAGCUGACCUUUACUAUAGGUCACCCAACUUUUUGUCCAUACCAGUCUGGCCAAAAAACGAGUUCAUGGAAUGUGAGCAGAGAUUGCUGCUCAUGGGACGGAGUGACAUGUGAUGAGACGACUGGCCAUGUUAUUGAGCUUGACCUCAGUUGCAGUCAUCUUGUGGGGAAGAUUGAUUCUAAUAGCAGCCUAUUCCAACUCUCUCAUCUCCAGAGGCUUGAUCUUUCUCAUAAUAACUUCUCUAAUUCUCGUAUAUCCCCUGAAUUCGGCAGGUUUUCGAACUUGACGCAUCUUGAUCUUUCAGUGUCCUCUUUCUCCGGUCAAAUUCCUCCUGAAAUCUCUCAUCUUUCCAAGUUACAGUCUCUUCGUCUCUCCUCAUUUUCCCCCAUUAAUAAGCAGAGACUUGUAGCCCAUGAUUUUAAGUUGCUCCUUCAGAACUUGACCCAAUUAACAGAGCUUUAUCUUACUGACAUAAUCAUCUCUUCCACCAUUCCUCUGAAUUUCUCUUCUCAUUUAACAACUCUGAGGCUGGGGUCGACAGGAUUGUAUGGGAUAAUACCUGAGAGUAUUUUUCACCUGCCCAACCUGGUAGGAAUUGACUUACAAUUCAAUGAUCAGCUCAGCGGUUCUUUUCCAAAGACCAAAUGGAACAGCAGUGCAUCUCUCAUAGAGUUAGCGCUCAAUGAAGUGAAUCUUUCGGGUAAUUUCCUGCCUGAGUCUCUUGGCUACCUAACUUCACUGCAAUAUUUGGGUCUUGCAUAUUGCAGCCUUAAAGGGCCAAUUCCUGAAUCUCUUUCAAAUCUCACCCGCUUAGUGGCGUUGGUCCUUGCUGGUAACACCCUGAAUGGAACAAUACCAUCAGGGAUGUUCUCCCAGCUUCCAUUACUACGUUAUUUAUACUUGAGUGACAACCACUUUUCUGGUCUGCUUGAGGAUUUCAAGUCCAAUUCACUACAAGAGAUUGAUUUAAGCAAUAAUCAGCUGCAAGGACAUCUUCCCAACUCAAUUCAAAACCUUGUGAACGUAACAUGGCUUGAUCUUUCUUUCAAUAAUUUUAGUGGUCUUGUGGAUGUCAGCCUCUUUUCAGACGUCAAACAGCUUUGGUAUCUUGAUCUUUCAUACAACAGUAUAUCAUUGACCGUUGAGAACAACGUUAAUUUUACUUGGCCAGAAUCUCUUUAUACGUUACGAUUGGCCGCAUGUGAAGUGAAAGAAUUGGAGUUUCUAAGAUCCGCAAAGCAGCUUCGGGAAUUGGAUCUUCCAAAUAAUAAGAUUCAAGGAAGAAUUCCAGAUUGGGCAUGGUCUAACUGGAUGUUUUCAAUACGACGUCUUAAUUUAUCCCACAACAUGCUGACAAAUAUUGAUUCAAUUCCUCUUCAGUCUGUAGGAUUCAUUGAUUUGAGGUCCAAUUUGCUUCAAGGUUCACUACCUAUUCCACCAAAUACCACACAGUUGUUCUUCAUAUCACAAAAUAAUCUGUGCGGGGAGAUUCCUUCAUCUAUUUGCAAUUCGACAUCACUGAUGAUGCUCGAUUUAGCCAAAAACAAUUUGAGUGGAGAAAUUCCGCAAUGCUUGGGAAGUAUCACUGCCCUCCAGGUUUUGGAUAUGCGGCACAACAAUCUUUCUGGGAAUCUUCCAAGAGCUUUCAGCAAUGGAAGUUCACUGAGAAGCCUCAACUUGCAUGGAAAUAAACUGGAGGGGAAAAUUCCUCGAUCAUUGGCCAACUGCAAAGAGUUGGAGGUUCUUGACUUAGGAGAUAAUCAUCUCAUUGGCACAUUCCCCAUGUGGUUGGGAACUCUUCCAAAGCUGCAAGUUUUGAUUUUGAGAUCGAAUAAGUUGCAUGGAUCCAUUGGAACUUUAAGAAAUGAAAACAUGUUUCUUAAACUUCUAAUCAUCGAUCUCUCUUACAAUGCCUUCUCGGGAAACUUACCUAAGAGUCUAUUUCAAUGUUUGAAGGCCAUGGGGAUAGUUGACCAAACAAUGAAGGCACCAACAUAUCUUGGAAACGAUUAUUACCGAGAUUCUGUUACAGUUGCAACCAAGGGACUGGAGCUUGAACUUGUCAAAAUUUUGACAGUUUACACCACUAUCGAUCUUUCAAGUAACAUAUUCGAAGGACGUAUUCCAAGUAUAAUGGGAGAACUCAUUGCGCUUCGGGUGCUGAAUUUGUCUCAUAAUGAAUUGAAAAGUGAUAUACCACUAUCGUUUGGAAAUUUAUCUGAAGUCGAAUCACUGGACCUUUCAUAUAACCAUCUUACGGGGGAGAUACCACAACAACUUGCUUCACUUACAUUUCUUGCAUUCUUAAAUCUCUCCCAUAAUCAUCUCCGAGGAUGCAUCCCUCAAGGACCUCAAUUCGCUACAUUUGAGAACUAUUCAUAUGAAGGCAAUGAUGGAUUAUGUGGAUUCCCAGUUUCCAAAGGUUGUGGCAAUGAUCAUGUGUCCGAAACCGUAUUUGGACUAGAUGAUCAAGAAAGCGAUUCUGAAUUUCUCAAUGAUUUUUGGAAAUCGGCUCUUAUGGGUUAUGGAAGUGGACUAUGUAUUGGAUUAUCCAUAAUAUAUAUGGUCUCAAACAGAAAUCCGAUAUGGCUUGCAAGAAUCCUUUUGAAACUGGACCACAAAAUUAUUACGAGAAGGAAAAAGAUGCAGCGACUUCUAAGGAAUAACAGAAGAAGAAACAAUCGCUUGUAGACAAGUUACUGAUCGAGCAAGAUUUGAUUUCAGAAUUUCAGGUAUUCAAGUUAAUAAUAUAGUCAUUGUAAUUUGAUCUAAGUAUAAAAUUUAAGUAACAUGUAACUUUCUUUUCUGAAAGAAUCAGACAGUAAAUAAACAAAUUUGAAUAUGGUGGAACGCUCGAGAUGUUACAGCUUAGGAUGUGGCCAAAGUUAUAAUUUGGUUUCUAAGUUUAGGGUUAUAUUUAUGUAUUAUGCCCUUAGAUUUUAAGCUGGACGCACCCAGUCUUGCGUGUUGAGCACAUGUUUUGCCAGGUAGGAUCAGAGAUCAUAUUUGUGCAGUUUUGAGUAGUUAAAUGUCAUAUUUGUGCACUGUCAAAGUUUAAGGUCAAAGUUAUAAUCAGGUGUCAAGUUUAGGGUCAUAUUUAUGUAUUAUCUCUACGUAAGAUUUUAAUGUAUUCAAUAAAUAUUGUGUGUAUUGAGCAAAGUGUUUGCAUUCUUG